UGCAACGGUUGCCGUCACUUCCGGGUAGGGCAGGAAGCGCAAAUGAACAUUUCCACGUGAGACCAGGUUAACAGAUCUUUUGCUAGCUUGGAAAUAUUGUUGGAACAUCUGAAUGAAGAAAACAAAACAGACGCUGUUGAAACAUUGACGUGGGACCACUUGUUGAUAGUAGCUGGAGAGGAUGGAGGAUGCACAGAAGGAGCAGAAGAAGCACCAGCAGAAGCAUAGCGGGCCGAAGGCGGAGCGGAAAAAGAGCAAGAGGCAGGGAGGAGCGACCGAGGAGAAGGAUGAGCGCAGGAGGAACCCCAAAGCAUUCGCGGUUCAGUCCGCGGUGCGCAUGGCCAAAACCUUCCACAGAGCCCAGGACCUGAAGGCCAAGAAGCACCACAUCCCUGUGGUGGACCGCAGCUCCCUGGAGCCCCCACCCGUGGUGGUGGUGGUCGUAGGACCCCCCAAGGUUGGCAAGAGUACUCUAAUCCGCUGCCUGAUUAAAAACUUCACACGGCAAAAGCUGGGUGACAUUUGUGGACCCGUAACCAUCGUUUCUGGUAAGAAGAGGCGUCUCACCUUCAUUGAGUGUAGCAACGACAUCAGCACCAUGAUCGACUUGGCCAAGGUGGCCGACUUGGUUCUGAUGCUGAUAGACGCCAGCUUUGGCUUUGAGAUGGAGACGUUUGAGUUCCUGAACAUCUGCCAGGUCCAUGGCUUCCCUCGCAUCAUGGGGGUGCUCACGCACCUGGACUCCUUCAGGAACAACAAGGCCCUGCGCAAGACCAAGAAACGCCUGAAACACCGCUUCUGGACGGAGGUGUACCAGGGUGCAAAGCUGUUCUACCUGUCUGGGAUGGUUUACGGAGAGUAUCAGACACAGGAAGUGAAGAACCUCGGUCGGUUCAUCUCCGUUAUGAAGUUCCGCCCUCUGGUGUGGCAGACUUCACACCCCUAUGUGGUCGCUGACCGCAUGGAGGACCUGACGGACCCUGAGCAAGUGAGGGUGGACCCCAAGUGUGAUCGCACGGUGUCCCUCUAUGGCUACCUGAGAGGGACAUACCUGAAGAACAAAGGCCAGGUGCACAUCCCAGGUGUGGGGGACUUUAGCGUGGCGGACGUCAGCUUCCUGCCCGACCCCUGUCCGCUCCCGGAGGCACAGAAGAAGAGGGCCUUGAACGAGAAGGAGCGCCUGCUGUACGCCCCGAUGGCGGGUGUGGGCGGAGUUGUAUACGACAAGGACGCCGUCUACAUCGACUUGCCAGGCGGACACAUCCACCAUGAGCAGGAGGAGGUUCGGCCAACCACAGAGCUCGUUCAAUCCCUCAUCGGCACACACGCCACCCUGGACGCCAAGAUGGCCGCCAGCAAGGUGUCUCUGUUUUCGGGGACGGCGGCGCUGGUUGGAGGCGACGUGUUGGAGGAGCACGGGGAGAGUGCUGCCCCUGGACCAGUGGAGAGUCUGGUCUGGGACCCUGAGGCCAAGAGGGAGAGGAGGAAGGCUGUCUUCAUGGAGGAGGAGGAGGAGGAGGAGGAGGAGGAGCAGGAGGAGGAGGAGGAGGAGGAGGAGGGCAGUGAUGAUGGAGAGAGUGAAGGGGAGGAGGAAGAAGAGAACGUUGAAGUAAAGGAGAUGUCGUUGACCAAAAAGUCAGAGAGAGAAGAGAAGACUGACAGGAAACAGAGGACAGAAGAAGUUCCACCUGUGAAGAGACGGAAAGCUGAGGAGGAGGAGGAGGUUGCUGAAGUGCCGGCUUUUGCGGACAGCGAAGAUGAGCUGGAGAUGAGCGAGGAGGACAGAGAAGGGGAGGAGCUGACCAGUGAAGACGAGUCUGGAGAUGAUGAGAAAAAACAGGUGAAGAAGAGGGACGCUGGCCCUGGAGACUCUGGUCACUGCUCUGAAGCAGAGGAUGGUGAGGAUGGUGAUUCGGAGAAUGAAUCUAUGGAGCAGGAAGUCAGUAUUACCAAGGUUUUAGGAAAAGAGGGAACAAAGUCAAAAGUGCGGCAAGGAGAGAUCGAGGAUGGAGAUCUGUGCUAUGAAACUGCAGGGGCUCUCUGCUGGAAAGAGGGUUUGACUCAGAAAGCUUCAGAGGCAUUUCUACGGCAACAGAGGGCUGCUCCUAACUUGCGCAAGCUGGUCUACGGCACAGUGGUGGAGGAUGGUGCUGAGGAGGAUGAGGAGGAGCUGGGGGGUAUGUUCAAGGUCAGCCGUCCAGACACGGUGAAGAGGCACCGCGCUGACCUCCUUGACUGCUCCCUCUUCCCCCCCGACGCUGGCCGCGACUGGGACCUGGACGAGAUGCUGGACUCCAUCAGGGACUGCUUUGUGACGGGGAAAUGGGAGGAAGGACAAGAUGCUGCCAUGCUACUCAAGGAGGAUGAGGAGCUGUAUGGGGACUUUGAGGACCUGGAGACGGGGACAUUGCACCAGGGGAGGAACCAGGGGGACCAGGAGGACAGCAAGGAGGAGAAGGAGGAACCGUUGAUGAAGGUGGAUGAGGAUGAGGUCCAGAAGAACAAGCGUCUGGAGAAGAAGAGGCGGCUGAAGGAACGCUUCAACUCAGAGUACGACAACGAGGAUGCGACCUACUUCGACGACCUGAAGGAGGAGAUGCAAAAACAGGCGGAGCUGAACAGGACAGAGUUUGAUGACGUGGAUGACGAGACUCGUGUCCAGUACGAGGGCUUCCGUCCUGGCAUGUACGUGCGUCUGGAGGUGCCCUCUCUGCCCUGCGAGUUUGUCACCCACUUUGACCCCCACUAUCCCAUCAUCCUCGGCGCCCUGGGCCCCAGCGAGGGCAACGUGGGAUAUCUGCAGACGAGGCUGAAGAAGCACCGCUGGCAUGGCCGCAUUCUGAAGACGCGUGACCCGCUCAUCCUGUCGCUGGGCUGGCGCCGCUUCCAGACCGUGCCGCUGUACCACAUCGAGGACCACAACGGACGUCACCGCCUGCUCAAGUACACGCCCCAGCACAUGCACUGUGGCGCCACCAUCUGGGGCCCCAUAACUCCUCAGGGUACGGGUUUCCUGGCGGUGCAGUCUGUAGCAGGAACCAAGUCCAGUUUCCGCAUCGCUGCCACAGGAGUGGUACUUGACCUGGACAAAUCUGUUACCAUUGUCAAGAAGCUCAAGCUGAUUGGUUACCCGUACAAGAUCUUCAAAAACACUUCCUUCAUCAAGGGGAUGUUCAACACAGUGCUGGAGGUGGCCAAGUUUGAGGGGGCCUCCAUCAGGACCGUCAGUGGGGUCAGAGGACAGAUCAAAAAGGCCCUGUCCACGCCCCCCGGGGCCUACAGGGCCACGUUUGAGGACAGGCUUCUAAUGAGCGACAUCGUAUUCCUGCGCUCCUGGUUCCCGGUGUCCGUCCCCCAGCUCUACAACCCUGUGACGUCGCUGCUGCUGCCGGCUGGCCAGAAGGACAGCUGGACUGGCAUGCGCACGCUAGGGCAGCUCAAACACGACCUGGGUCUCCGGAACAAGCCCAGCACUGACUCUCUGUACAAGCCAGUAAUGCGAGUGCAGCGGCGCUUCAACCCUCUGCACAUCCCCAAGCAGCUGCAGAAGGCGCUGCCCUUCAAGAGCAAGCCCAAGCAGGACCAGGCCAAGGCCCCUACGCCCCGACACCUGCAGAGGACUGCGGUCAUACGGGAGCCCCACGAGAGGAAGGUGGCAGCGCUGCUCAGCGCCCUGAGCACAGUCAGCAACUACAAGAGCAAGAAGGCCCACGCGGCACAGCACGCGAAGCACAAAGACUUCCUGCGGCAGAAGGAGAAACAGGAAGAGGACAAGAUGAAGCGCCAGAAGGAGGCUCGCAAGAAGCUGCACCGCAUGAUGGGUCAGAAGGAGAAGAAGAAACUGAAGUCUUCCCUGAAGGGGGCAGCGCAGGACGACUGAACACACACAACCUCCUGCCCUGCACAGCUCACAGAUGGAUUAAUAGGGCAGACUCGGGAGAUAAAUCAAGUCUCUCUCAUAAGCUUUCCUGUGUUUGAGCUGGGGGUACAGCCUCUUUAAGAGACCAGACAUUCAACUAUCUAACUCUGCUGGAAGAACACCCAGUUGGUCUGUCUGACUGAACCAGCUCAGGACUGUGUGUGAGUGUUGAAGGCUUAUGUAAGUGUGCUCUGCUGGUGUAGUAGUCACCUUGAGGAUGAUGUUUUUAUGGUUCUGUCCACCAAUUUCCAGCACUGCAGUCUAACUAAACAUUAAGUAUUUUUUACAAUCAGCUUAAUUUAAUAAAUUAACUGACUUCAUGAAA